AUCACCAUGGAUUUGAAUUCAAUAACAACCCCUUCUAAGUAUCACUGUUGUGUGUUACGUAACAAUGUCAUUCUUAAUGGUAUUGAAAAUCCUCCGAUGAAUGCCUUCGUCUUUCAAAUUAUAGUCCGCAAUGUGAUUACCGUUUACUAUCUUUCCCAUCAAACCAACCAGUGGGUGCUUCACUGCAAUCUAAACGAAGAGCCACACUUUUCCAAAAAUCUCAUACUUCUCGCUUCCAACUACAACAACAUGUUCGGUGACUUAAGCACAAGCUUCAAUGAGGUAGCUAUGGUUCUCACAGAAGCUGCCAUUCCCAUCUCGGAGCAUCCUUCCAUCAUGGCAAAACUCAACUCCACCGCUAUGGCGGUGGUACGACGGUUUGGCAACCUUGAGGACAAAACCAUCCCCCUCGUGGUUGAUAUUGCUAAGUCACACUUCCAGAUCAUCAGAGAUCCCUUCCAACCCAACCUUCAAAAGUGUGUGAACAACCAGUGGACAUCGACUGAUAGUGGCGGAUUUGAGGAGUUUGGUGAUAAUGAGGAACAAGAACAUCAAGCUAACAAUGAGGUGACAAGGUUGUCCAUGGAGAAUGAGGAGGAGGGAGAGGAGGAGUACCAAACUUCUCCGGCAACAGAAUCUUCAAUCGCCGCAUUGGAGAAGGUGAAGUCGAGCGAAAAUGGAGAAUGUGCAAUCUGCUUGGGAGAAAUGGAGGUGAACGAAAUAGUGAUUCGCAUGCCUUGCGGCCACAAGUUUCAUGGAGGAUGCAUUGUGCAGUGGUUGGGAAAGAGACAUGUUUGUCCCUUGUGUCGUUUUGAAAUGCCGAUAGCCACCGCCGCAAUGGAUGGCCGUUCUACCGCCUAAUUAGGGGCAUUUUAAC